AUGAAUAAAAAAUUAGCUCACACAUAUAACUAAAUCUCAGAUGUUUUUUCAAGGGCCUAAAUAAAAAAUGCAGUUGAAUCUCUUGAUAAUUAUCAUGAUAGACUUAAAUUAAUUGACUCAGUCAUUGACCGAAGACAAUAGAUUAUACAAGUUAAUGAUUUAUCAAAAAUGUCUAAAUAUGCUCAUAUUUUCCGAAAGAUGAUUUAAAGAUAUCGAAAGAAAAAGGAGGAUGAGGCUGCUAAUCAAAGAUUAUAAAUGCAUAUGGUUAUGAGUAUGUUUGCUCCACAAGAAACAUAAUCAUCACCAAGACAUUAACCAAAAAAUUUAGAAUAAAGAAAGGUGGAUCAAAAACGAUUAAAAAUAAAAGAAAUAUUAGAUUAACGUCGAGAUGCUAUUCAAUUUAAAGUAAAUCGAAUUUAAAAGGUCAAUAAUAUUAAUUCUGAAAGGAAGGUUAUUAAUUAGAGAAGUAAUUCUAAUGAAGGUUGCCAACUUUCCAAUAGAAUUCAACGAGGUUUAAGCUCUUUUGAUACAGAUACUAGGAAUCAAGAAAAAGAAUUGAAUUUAUUGAGUGGAAAUGAUAAAGAAACCAAAUAAUUAUAAAGUAAGAUAAAAUAAAGUAUAUUCCUUAAAACAAGGAUUAACCUUAAUCAAAAUACUAAAGUAUGAAAUUCAACCUACUUUAGGAUAAUGAGAACCUUUUAAAAUUAUUUUAAAGAUAACAUAGUACAUUAUCCCGUAGACAAUAUAAGCCAUAUUCUUAACAAUAACUUUAAGAUAAAUGUGAAAAAGGAUAAGAAAUUAAAAAAUGUGAUUAAAAUUAGAAUCUCAUUAAUCAAGAAGAAUCUUUCUUAUCAUACUCUGAAAAUCUAUUAAAUUAGCUAUACAAAAAAUCGUCUUAAAUUCAAAAAAAAGAAUCUCAAAGUUAACAUAAUCAUCAGAAAUUAAUCAAAACUAAUAAAGAAAUUAUAGAAAUAUCAAAGAUCAAAUUGGCACUUUAAAUGUCCUGA